UCGCUGCAGGUAAUUUGAAAUAUAUCAAUUUGUGGAGAAAACAAAGUAAGAGUUUUCUGAGUUUUGGGGGGUGGCUUUGAGAUUUUGAGGAAGAAUAUAUUUAUUUUUGAGGAGAGAGACAGGAGGAGUUUGUGAAAAUGAUGUCAAGAUCUUAUACCAACCUUUUGGAUCUAGCAUCUGGGAAUUUCCCAGUAAUGGGCAGGGAGAAGGAGCGGAAGCGGUUCCCGAGGGUAAUGACAGUCCCAGGCAGUAUUGCAGAGCUUGAUGAUGAUGCGGCUAAUAGCGUCACAUCUGAAACUCCAUCUUUAGUUGCUGGUGAUAGAAUUAUUAUUGUAGCAAACCAUUUGCCUUUAAAAGCAAAACGAAGGCCAGACAAUAAAGGAUGGACUUUUAGUUGGAAUGAGGAUGCUUUGCUUGUUAAGGAUAGCUUGCCGGAAGACAUGGAGGUCCUUUAUGUUGGGUCACUGCAUGUUGAUGUUGAUCCAUUGGAAGAGGAUGAUGUUUCCAAUUAUCUUUUGGAAAAAUAUAAAUGUGUACCUGCUUUCCUUCCACCUAAUCUUCUGGAAAAAUAUUAUGAUGGCUUUUGCAAGAAACAGUUGUGGCCCCUAUUUCACUAUAUGUUGCCAUUUUCAGCUGAUCAUGGAGGCCGGUUUGAUCGUUCCAUGUGGGAGGCUUAUGUUUCAGUCAAUAGGAUCUUUUCACAGAAAGUGAUUGAGGUGUUAAAUCCUGAGGAUGAUUUUGUUUGGAUUCAUGAUUAUCAUUUGAUGGUGUUGCCAACAUUCUUGAGAAGGCGCUUCCUUCGAUUGAGAAUGGGAUUUUUUCUUCACAGCCCUUUUCCGUCUUCUGAGUUGUAUAGGACGCUUCCUGUUAGAGAAGAAAUUCUUAAGGCUCUACUCAACUCUGAUCUUAUUGGUUUCCACACGUUUGAUUAUGCUCGACAUUUCCUCUCUUGUUGCAGUCUGAUGCUGGGCUUGGAAUAUCAAUCUAAAAGAGGUUAUAUAGGGUUGGAUUAUUAUGGAAGAACAGUUGGUAUAAAGAUUAUGCCAGUUGGAAUACAUAUGGGCCACAUUGAAUCAGCAAUGAGACUUGCAGAUAAAGAGAUGAGGUUUGCGGAGCUAAAGCGGCAGUUUGAAGGUAAAACAGUGUUGCUGGGAGUUGAUGAUAUGGAUAUUUUCAAAGGUAUCAACUUGAAACUUUUAGCUAUGGAACACAUGCUGAAGCAGCAUCCUAAAUGGCAAGGAAGGGCUGUUCUGGUCCAGAUUGCAAAUCCUGCAAGAGGGAAAGGAAUAGACUUGGAGGAAAUAAAGGCUGAAAUAGAGGACAGCUGCAAGAGAAUUAAUGAGGAAUUGGGGAGGCCUGGGUAUGAACCUGUUGUUUUUAUCAACAGGCCUGUAUCAAGCAGUGAAAGGAUGGCUUAUUACAGCAUUGCUGAAUGCGUUGUGGUCACUGCGGUAAGGGAUGGGAUGAACCUGACUCCUUAUGAAUACAUUGUCUGUAGACAAGGCAUACCUGGUGCCGAGACAGCUUUGAACUUGAGUGGACCGAAGAAGAGCAUGCUAGUUAUAUCGGAAUUCAUUGGUUGUUCUCCUUCUCUAAGUGGUGCUAUUCGCGUUAAUCCUUGGAAUGUUGAAUCAACUGCCGAGGCAAUGAAUGAGGCCAUAUCAAUGGCCGAAUCUGAACAGCAGUUGCGACAUGAGAAGCAUUAUCGUUAUGUCAGUUCCCAUGAUGUAGCAUUUUGGUCUAGGAGUUUCUUGCAAGACAUGGAGAGAACCUGUGCUGACCAUUUCAGAAAAAGAUGCUGGGGCAUUGGUCUGGGCUUUGGAUUUCGAGUAGUGGCAUUAGAUCCUAAUUUUAGAAAGCUUUCAAUGGAUCAUAUCGUGGCAGCUUACUGCAGAGCUAAAAACAGGGCUAUAUUGUUGGACUAUGAUGGCACUUUGAUGCCUCAAAAUUCAAUUAUUAAGAGUCCAAGUGCAGAAGUUAUCUCUAUCUUGAGCAGGCUUGGUGGAGAUCAAAAGAAUACAGUCUUCAUGGUGAGUGGAAGAGGGAGGGACAGCUUAGGCGGGUGGUUCUCUCCUUGCAAGAAGCUGGGACUUGCUGCAGAACAUGGCUAUUUUUUGAGGUGUGUUAUCUACCAUUUUCCCUUGUCAAUUUAUUAAUUAAUUUAUUUUUCC